GGAGCAAAUGUGCACAAUAUUUGAGGAACUGGCAGUUAACCCCCCAGGCGGAGCGGAGGAGAAACAAGAUAACAACUUUCAUCCUGAGGUCCACUACCUCCACCCAGUUUUCAAUGGUGCCUCAAUCAGAGGGACUUCUGGACCUAGGCAAACGAGUACACCGACAACCUCGUGGGGCAGUUUGAUGACCGCGACGAGUCCUUCUACGACGCUGAAGACGCUUUAUCAUCUCACAAAUCAUCGCAUGGAUGUAACGUAUCGGCAGUACAUUCAGGGGAUUCGGUUGAUUUCUCGACUAGCCUGACUAGUGAGGAAUACUUCGAGGCAGCUUCGGAAAUAUCCAGGCUUCACCUCAAAAGAAGCUGGAGCUGCGACAAUAUGGCGAAGGAUGAAGCAUCAGAUUUACAUUUCGGACGCCCAAACGGUUCAGCUCUUGAGAUCCGCUUUUCCAACCGGCUAACUUUUGGUCUAAUAGGAGAUCGAACUGACAAACAUGAAUGUCCCUUGAAACAGCUCAGAGAACGAGUCGCGAUGGAUUUGAAAGAAGGAAACGGGUGCACGGCUCUGUACUGGUUGAGAGGCUGGAAAACCUUCCGUGACAGUUCAAUACCCAGGUGGAGAGGAUUUAGCAGAGGAAAGUUCUCUGGAAGGAGCUCCCAAUAUAUUCCGAAGCCGAAAACACUAAAACAACGUCAAGAAAGCAUCCAGCAAGAUUCUCAAGAUCACACCGACAAUCGAGAGCAGACCGAAACGACUCGGAAGAAAGAUCCCAAGCAAAUAAGGGUCCACUCCUCGAGAACUCACAGAAGCCUGCACGGCUUGACGAAAUACGCGCAGCUAAGAAGAAAUUGCCAGAUUUGA